AAUCCGGUGUCGGCAACGAAUCUUCUACCGCCGCCGCCGCCGCUCUCAUGUCCACCCACAAUGAUGGCAAGGCUUCCCCGUCCACCCCGAUGACUGCCCCUCCUUCCCACUCGACUGUGAUCCACAUGCCAUCCAAAUCGACGUACACACCUCUGCUAGAACGAAGCGACUCGACGGCAUCGACUUCCCAAGUCAACCAACGCGUGCUCGUGUCUGCCGUCGCCAACUUUAGUACCGCGUACAAUCUGGCGAUCAUAGGAAGCGUCGUGCCCCUCGUCACCGAAACAAAUCCGUCCUUGGACACAUCCAGCAUCCCCGCAAUCACCGCCUGUUCGCUCGUCGGCGCGAUUGUCGGCCAGCUCAUCUUUGGGUACAUCGGGGACGUUCUUGGACGCAAGAAGGGUAUGAUCCUCACGCUGCUGCUCACGGUGAUCGGCGCGGUGGCGUCGGCGGUGCUGCCUUGGAGCUCGUCCAUCUACUCGACCCUCGCCGUCUGUCGGUUCGUGCUGGGCAUCGGCGUGGGCGGCGUGUACCCGUUGUCGGCCGCGGCGGCGGCGGAAGGCGGCACCGACCCCGUGCUCAACAACAAGCGCGUGGCGGCGGUGUUUAGCUUCCAGGGAUGGGGUCAACUCGCGAGUUUCCUCAUGUGCUACAUGUUGCUGGAGACGUCGCUCAGCCAUGAAUGGACAUGGCGGGUGCUCCUCGGGUUGGGUGCGCUGCCAGGAGUGUUUGUCUUGCACGAAGCGAUCACGUCGGAAGAAACCAAGGCCUUUUUGAAAAGCCAGCACAACCCGAAUCGACUGAGUUUAUCCGCGGCGAUGCCCAUCUAUUGGAAGCAAUUCGUCGGCACAUCCGUGGGCUGGUUCCUCUUUGACAUAACGUUCUACGGCAACAUCUUAUUUACGCCCAUCAUAUUAAAUGGCUUGUACGACGACGACGCCGCCAUGAACAUGGUGGAUAUUGCGCAGUUUUCUGUGUUUACGUCGCUGAUUGCGUUGCCGGGGUACUACUUGUCUUACUUCAUGAUGGGCACGAUGGACUUCAAGCACAUUCAAAUGCAGGGCUUCUUCGUGAUGGCGAUCCUGUUCUUGGCCAUGGGGCUGUUUUAUACAACGUUGCUGCCGCUCAAAACGCUCGUGUUCUUCAUGUAAUAUGAUAGUUACUCCAUCCAAACAUACACCAACAUGUCGUCAAAUUCUCGGUGUAUGUAUAUAUAUAUAGGUAUGGACUUACGUUCUUCUUUUCGAAUUUUGGACCGAAUGUGAGCACGUUUUCGCUCCCAGCCGAACUAUUUCCUUCCGACGUCCGAGUGCAAUUCAAUGGCAUGUCGGCAGCGGCGGGCAAAUUGGGUGCAGCCGUGGGAGCGUACUGGUAUGGAUACAUUCAACAAUCGUCGGGGGUGGCGAUGGUGCUGAUUGUAUCGGGCCUCGUGUCAGUGUUGGGUCUAGCUGUGACGUACUUUUUGAUCCCAUCCAAACAUUAUCGAUAGUCGUGAUACAAAGCAUUGUAUACACGAAACUGGAGCACCGCCUAAGCCAAUCAAAUCACGUUCUGCUGAGUUUCAGCCAAUCCGAACGUUUGACCCGUCCGCAUGGGGCAAAACCAUAUAUAUACUAAUCUUUGUAUUGUAUAGUGUAUAACAAGAUUAAAUUGGAUUAUCAAAUGGAUUCGAAUGUUAUUUGGCG